GAGGAUCUAGAUGGGGAGCACGGCGAGUCGUGUUUCUACAUCUUUCCCUUCUCCCGAGCCAAGAACAGGCGUUGGGCGCUAUUUGUAGCCCCUCUGCCCAGAAAGCGGGGCCCUUUUUUCCAUCAGGGGUGGCCCCAGGCUUGGGUGGUGUUCCUCAGAGCGCCCGUGGAAAAGGUCAACAGCCCGAGUCACAAAGUAAGAGAUUCCUAUCUGUUCCCCCCACCGGGUUACGGUCUCAGGCUCUGUUCUGGCAUUACUGCGCAGGAACUCGAGGGGAGCACGCACGUCAGCACUGUCCUCAGUUCAAGCCUCAGCCAUGGGUGGUGGGGACACCAGAAGCGGGCGCUGACAUUUCUUUUGUUCUUCUUCCUACCCAGCAAAUCCGCGGGGCCCGGGGGCGGGGUCGAAACUGGCAGCCUUCGCCCUGCCCAGCCUCCGCGUCUUAUAAAGCCUGGGGAGCGCCAGGAGGAGCCUAGAGAGGCAACUGCUGUCUACAAUCUUGUAUCAUGCAAAGUGUUAUGUUCCUGGCUUUCCAGCCCAACUGCGGUUCCAUGGAGAAAAGUGCCUGCGGUUACCCAAAGGACGAAGAGAAGCGAGAAAAGAUGAAGCGAACGAUCUUAAAAGACUGGAAGACAAGAUUAAGCUACUUUCUGCAAAAUUCAUCCACACCUGGGAAGCCAAAAGCCAACAAGAAAGGCAAACAGCAAGCUUUUAUUAAACCUUCUCCAGAAGAAGCACAGCUGUGGUCAGAAACAUUUGAUGAGCUCCUAGCCAAUAAAUAUGGUCUUGCUGCAUUUAGAGCUUUUUUAAAGUCUGAGUUUUGUGAAGAAAACAUAGAAUUCUGGCUGGCCUGUGAAGAUUUCAAGAAAACCAAGUCCCCCCAGAAGUUGAACUCAAAGGCCCGGAAAAUUUAUACUGACUUCAUAGAAAAGGAGGCUCCAAAAGAGAUAAAUAUAGACUUUCAGACUAAAACCAUGAUUGCCCAGAAUAUUGAAGAGGCUACAACUGGCUGCUUCAUUACAGCCCAGAAAAGAGUCUACAGUUUGAUGGAGAACAAUUCCUAUCCCAGGUUUUUGGAGUCUGAAUUUUAUCAGGACUUGUGUAAAAAGCCACAGAUUACUAGAGAGCCCCAGGCUACAUGAAUGAGCAUGAAAAAUGAAGUAGAACAAGGGAAAGAACCCUGGACUUUUUCUUGCUAAGGAGGAAGGCCUGUGGCCCAUGAAACCUAAUAAAAACUGAAGGUCUAAAAGACGAGCAUCAAAUUCAGCCUGGGCAUUCAGGAAACAUCACAAAGAAAUAUUGUCUCUGCAAUAAUGACAAAGGAGAUGUUUCUGAUUGUCUUACAAGUGUUGUGAAUAGAAGACAAUGAAUCCUGUUUCUAAGUACUGUGUAUUUUUAAUUCACACUGGAGAAGUUGAUAUUCCAGAGUAGAUGUAAGAUUAUUCCUCUGAAAGAGUUGUAUGUUUGUUUUUUUUAAUUCAGAUAGACCUGGGUGAGAUUAUCUAUAGCCUUGAUUAAAUGGCUAUGCAUCUCUUCCUAAACUAGUCCAUGUUACCACUUAGUAAGUGAUUGAAAGGUUUACUAUAGAGAUGUGCAAGUCCAUGUGAUCUAGUCAUUUGUAUUAUUGUCCCUCGUCAUGGAGAGAAAGAAGUGGUCCAUGUACAUGUCAUAUGUUGCAGAUGAAGGUUGUGUAGAACACUACCAUGUUUGUGAAUUGUCUUGAAGGCAGCUAAACUUCAAUGAAGUGGUCUUUGAAUACUUGUUUGUAAUAAAUUUAUUUUGCUAUUUA